CAGCAGCAGCUGCCGUAAAGGCUUGAGCAGAGAGUGACUGGGUGAGAGAGAGGGAGGCGGAUGAAGUAGCGCUAUGGAUUUAACUCACACAGCCUUCAUUAAACUAUUUCUGCUGCUCUACUACCUAACACACACCACAGGUCAGUUUGAGAAUCGUCUGAAUAAAUACAUCCGCCACUAUGAAGGUCUGUCCUACGACACGGAUCUCCUGCACAGUCACCACCAGAGAGCGAAGCGUGCCCUCUCCCACGAGGAUAAAUACGUCCACCUCGAUUUCCACGCCCACGGCAGGCACUUUAAUCUGAGGAUGAAGAGAGAUACGACUCUGUUUGCUUCUGAUCUGAAGGUGGAAAUCUCCGGAGAGGAGACGCCGUACGACACUUCACACAUUUACACAGGAGAGUUGUUCGGAGAGAAAGGCACUCUGACCCAUGGCUCCAUCGUGGAUGGGAAGUUUGAAGGCUUCAUUCAGAGCCAUCAGGGAACGUACUACGUGGAGCCGACAGAGAGAUACCUCAAAAACCAGGAUGUGCCGUACCACUCAGUCAUCUACCACGAGGGUGACAUCGACUACCCUCAUAAGUACGGCAGGGAGGGGGGCUGUGCGGACCACUCCGUAUUUGACAGGAUGAAGAAGUACCAGGCGUCUGCUGUGGAUUCACCUGCCCAGGAGACGAGCCGGCGGCAGGGGGAGGAUGAGGAGCGGGCGGACGGGCCGGUGAUCCUGAGGAAGAGGAGAGCGGCGCAGAUCGAGCAGAACACCUGCCAGCUCUUCAUCCAGACCGACCACCUCUUCUUCAAAUACUACGGAACCAGAGAGGCGGUGAUAGCACAGAUCUCCAGCCAUGUGAAGGCCAUAGACUCCAUCUACCAGAGUACAGACUUCCAGGGCAUCCGCAACAUCAGCUUCAUGGUCAAGAGGAUCAGGAUUAACACCACGCUUGAUGAGAAGGACAAGUCGAAUCCGUUCCGUUUUGCUAAUAUCGGGGUGGAGAAGUUUCUGGAGCUGAACUCUGAGCAGAAUCAUGAUGAUUACUGUCUGGCGUACGUCUUCACCGACAGAGACUUUGAUGAUGGAGUUCUGGGAUUGGCCUGGGUCGGCGCUCCCUCAGGAAGCUCAGGAGGAAUCUGUGAGAAGAGUAAACUGUACUCAGACGGUAAGAGGAAGUCUCUGAACACCGGCAUCAUCACUGUGCAGAACUACGCUUCCCAUGUACCCCCUAAAGUCUCCCACAUCACCUUCGCCCACGAGGUCGGACACAACUUCGGCUCCCCGCAUGAUUCCGGUAACGAGUGCACUCCUGGCGAGUCCAAAACUCAGGAUAAGAAGGAACGAGGAAACUACAUCAUGUACGCCAGAGCCACAUCCGGAGACAAGUUCAACAACAACAAGUUCUCCAUCUGCAGCAUCCGCAACAUCAGCCAAGUGCUGGAUAAGAAGAGGGGGCUGUGCUUUGUGGAGUCUGGUCAGCCCAUCUGUGGGAACGGUUUGGUGGAGCCUGGAGAGCAGUGUGACUGCGGGUACAGCGAUCAGUGUAAGGAUGAAUGUUGCCAUCAUGCCAACAUGCCAGAGGGCACCAAGUGUACACUGAUAAAAGGAGCUAAGUGCAGUCCCAGUCAGGGCCCAUGCUGUACCACUAAGUGUGAGUUUAAGAGCAGUGAUGAGAAGUGCAGGAAUGUAUCAGAGUGUGCAGAGGAGGGGAUGUGUAACGGGGUCUCAGCUCAGUGUCCCACUUCCACUCCCAAACAGAACUUCACCGCCUGCCACAGCGAGACACAAGUCUGCAUCAACGGGGUGUGUACGGGCUCUAUCUGUGAGCGGUUUAAUCUGGAGAUGUGUACGUGUGCUGUAGAGGAAGGUCAGGAUGAGACAGAGUUGUGUCAUAUCUGCUGUAUGGAGAAGGGUAAGCCCAACACCUGCAGAAGUACAGGCUCGGCGGAAUGGUCUAGUUUCUUCGAUAAGAAGGUCAGAACCCUGCAGCCUGGUUCUCCCUGCAACGACUUUAAGGGCUACUGCGACGUGUUUAUGAAGUGCAGGCUGGUGGAUGCAGAUGGACCGCUGGCCAGACUGAAGAAGGCCAUCUUUAAUCCGGAGCUGUACGAGAACAUCGCAGAGUGGAUAGUGGUUUAUUGGUGGGCUGUGUUGUUGAUGGGCAUCGCUCUCAUUAUGCUGAUGGCUGGAUUCAUCAAAAUCUGCAGUGUUCACACGCCCAGCAGCAACCCCAAACUACCCCCUCCCAAACCACUGCCAGGCACACUGAACAGACGGAGAGCGCAGAACUCUCAGCCUCAGCAGCAGCGUCAUUCCCGCCAGCCCAGAGACACCUAUCAGAUGGGGCAGAUGCGCUGAGCCGGACUCUUUGCCUUUGGUUCUUCCUAGUGCCUACAAUGGGAAACAGUUCACUCCAAAGAGUUACCUGAACCAAUCAACCAACCCCAUCCUCGAACUGAGAAACUAGCAAACUAAACAAAAUCCCACACCAACGUCCUUCAGACAGACCCCGCUCCUCAGAACGGCAGAUUUUAUCGUGAUGUAGAAAUAAAACCACUGCUCUUUGGGCCGACAGCCACGCUGUCCUCGCUCACCUCAGAGAAAAGCUAUCGAGGAGGAGGAGGGAGAGAAUCACUGCUUUUUUAUGUUCUUAUUUGGUUUUGACUUACUUUGUUUUUUUUUUUCUCUCUCUCUUGCUUUACUGUUUUUUUUUCUAAGCGGUGUGCUUCAGGGUUCUAUUCUCAGUCCACUUUCAGUCUUGUUUCUUUUUUAUUUUCUUCCUUUUGUAGUUAGUAUUUGAAGCACUGCCCUCCUGUGCAGAAGAUCACGACGGGUUUGCAGCCAGUCGAGGAACGACCCGUUUGCCAACGUGUAAUUAAAGAUGUUUUAAAAGAGAAGUAAAGUUUUAUGAAAGAUAUACGAAAUGCAAAAUGCAAGCUUUCACAUUUCUCUCUUUCUCUGUUCACCGCUGUACAGUUAACACAAUGUAGUCUGUUUCUCUUUUUGAUGAUGUUUUCUUUUUCUGCACUUGGAUACAGUUUAUUUACUA